GCAAAUAGUCGUCCGAUCGAGAGGUAUGCAUUUAAAAAUUGUGCUGCUUUUAGCCUGUCUUGGCCUGGCCAAAGGAGUGGAACAGGUGCGAUAUGACAACUACAGGCUAUACAAAGUGCGCAUCGAUGAUGAGCAGCAUUAUGAGUUGCUCAAUGCAAAUGAGAAAACUCUAAAGUUUAACAACUGGCAAGAGGCGCGUCAUCCUGGCGAAUCCUCGGACAUAAUGCUGCCACCUGAAAGUCAGAAGGCUUUCGAAAAUCUGCUGAAGAGCAACAAUUUCAACUAUAGCAUCAAGAUUAACAACGUUCAACGCCUGAUCGAUGGACAGCGUCCAAAACUGCGGACAGGACACAUGGAAUGGACGCAGUACCACACGCUGGCAGAGAUCUAUGCCUGGCUGGAUGAGCUUGAAGCGCGUUAUCCACAUAUUAUCACACCUUUCACCAUUGGCAAGUCGUAUGAAGGUCGCAUCAUACGUGGCAUCAAGAUAUCCCAUAAGCCGGGCAACGGUGCCGUCUUUAUCGAGUCCAAUAUUCAUGCUCGAGAAUGGAUUACCUCGGCCAGCAUCACUUACUUCAUAGAUGAGCUGCUCGUGCCUCGCAAUCCGGCUGUAAGAGAUAUUGCCCAGAACGUGGACUGGUACAUAAUUCCGGUGCUGAAUGUGGACGGUUUUUCCUAUUCACAUGAAGUGGAACGUCUCUGGCGCAAAUCGCGUUUACCCUCGGAUCCCACUGGCGAAUGCAUUGGAACAGAUUUGAAUAGAAACUUUGACUAUCGCUGGAUGGUGAUUGGCGCUUCAGAUGAUCCAUGCUCACAGACCUAUGCAGGCCCCUUUGCUGAGUCCGAUCCGGAGAUAAGCCAAUUGACCAGUUACAUUAAUAACCACAUACCAGAUGGUACUAUUAAAAUCUAUAUAUCCCUACAUUCCUAUGGCCAAUAUUUGCUAUCGCCUUGGGGUCACACCGCUGAAGAGUUUCCCGCGCACUAUCCCCAAAUGAUGGGCGUUGCCAAGGGAUUUGCCGAUGCUCUGAUCAGACGUUAUGGAACCGUAUUUACCUAUGGAUCAAGUGCCACAACUCUCUAUCCGGUUUCGGGUUCGGGCAAGGAAUGGGCCUAUGGUGUCAUGAACAUAACCAUACCGUAUACAAUCGAGCUGCGUGAUAAGGGCGAUUUUGGCUUCCUACUGCCGCCAGAGGACAUUAUACCUGUGGGUCGUGAGGUCACCGAGGGAUUUGUGGGCAUGAUAGCUGCUGCCCGGGGAAUUGGUGUCUUUGAUAGCCUCGAUUUAAAAUAAAAGAAAAUAUGAACAAA